GUCAAAAAUGAUAUUUAAGCGUUCAAAACAUUUAUUUUAGCCAAAAGUCUCAUAUUUGGAAGAACCACAUUGAUUGAAGCAAUGAGACUAACCAACAUUAACAGUUAUUUUUGUAUGACAAUGAAAUUUCUCAUUUUUGUGCACAGUUACUUUUUUUAAUUUUGAAAGUGCAGUACAGUGAGAAUGAUCUUUAUAUUUAGCUUUUAUUGCACAAUUAAACUAUUAUACAAUGUUCACAUUCUGGGUUCCUUUUGUGUACAAUGAGAUAUUGUUUGAACAAAAAAUAGGUCAGAAUUGUUCCGUUAUUCAUCGUUAUAAAUUGAUCAUUUUAUUAUUAAUUUGACACAGGGGCCACAGCAGGGGCCAAGGGCUUCUACACAGGGGCAGUGGCCCCUGGAGGCCCCUGUGUAGAACCGCCACUGUCUGUGAAGUCAGGUAAUUUCCUAAAUCUAUCUCACACUUUUCCUUUCAUUUCCCUUUGUGUCUCUUUCUUCAGGCACCAAUGAGACGAGCUUUGUGAGAGGGCAGCAGUCAGCCCCGUGUGCUGGAUGUCUGUGACAGAUCCAUGGGCCAGAAGGACCAUGUGGAGGCAGCAGCAGGCCACAUCCUCGACCUGGGGCUGGAUUUGGAGUAUCUCCACGUAGCAGGGGCUGACCGGCAGGCUGGCGGCGCUGACGGACCCCCUGCUAUGGAGGAGCAGGAGGAGAGCUCCGGCAACAGCAGCACCGCCAACACCCCUCCGCCCGCCGCGGUGGAGGAAAACGCAGGGUCGGAUGCAGAGUGCGAGCCGGCGCCGUCUCCCAGCGCCUCCGACGCCGCCGCCGCCGGCCUCGACCCGGAUGGAGGAGAGGGGGGGUCGGCUCACAGUAAGAACACCCACCAGCCGCUUUGUCGGACCCAGUGUGUGGACUUAGGCACCGAGGGUCCUCCUGAGCUCCCGUCGGAGCCCUCAGCAGAACUUAUCACCCCGGCUCAGUCGUCACCCAGCUCCCCAUGUAAGCUCCCACCCGAGCCUCCACCCAACCCCUCCUCAGCGCCCGAGGCUGGCGGGAAGGAGUACCAGGCCAAGCUGGAGUUCGCCCUGAAGCUGGGCUACUCCGAGGACACGGUGCGGCUGGUGCUGUCCAAGCUCGGCCCCGACACCCUCAUCAAUGACAUACUGGGAGAGCUGGUCAAACUGGGCACCAAGUCAGACAGCGAGCAGCCGGCUGGAUCGUUGGCCUCUACCUCAUCUUCUUCAUCCUCCUCAUCCUCUUGUGGCUGCUCUGAUUUGCUGGACAGCCAGAGGUCGGACUCUCCUUGUCCGUCAGACUCUCUGUGUGACCAGGACAACCUGCGGCCCAUUGUGGUGGAUGGCAGCAACGUAGCCAUGAGCCAUGGCAACAAGGAAGUGUUUUCCUGCCAGGGCAUCCAGCUGGCUGUCGAUUGGUUCCUCGAGCGUGGCCAUCAUGACAUCACAGUGUUUGUGCCUGCGUGGAGGAAGGAGCAGUCCCGCCCUGACGCCCCGAUAACAGACCAGGAGAUCUUGCGCCGCUUGGAGAAGGAGAAGAUCCUGGUCUUCACUCCUUCGCGGCGCGUCCAGGGUCGCCGUGUGGUUUGCUACGACGACCGCUUCAUCGUCAAGCUGGCUUAUGAGUCAGACGGCAUCAUCGUCUCCAAUGACAACUACAGAGAUCUGGCUAAUGAGAAGCCCGAGUGGAAGAAGUUCAUCGACGAGCGGCUGCUCAUGUAUUCCUUCGUCAAUGACAAAUUCAUGCCACCAGAUGACCCUCUUGGUCGUCACGGCCCCAGCUUAGACAACUUUCUGAGAAAAAGACCUGUGAUGCCCGAACAGAAGAAACAGCCUUGCCCAUACGGAAAGAAGUGCACUUAUGGCCACAAGUGUAAGUACUACCACCCAGAAAGAGGUGCUCAGCCUCAGCGUGCCGUGGCUGAUGAGCUGCGUGCCAGCGCCAAAACCUGUGUCACCACAAAAAACCAGGGAGACACUGGGUUGGUGAAGAGUCACAGCGUGCCAGCUGGCAGCAUCGAGGCCAAAAAAGGCGCCCAGAAGCGGCAGUCAGACCCUGGCAUCAGAGCUCUGUCAUACAGCGAUGCUGAGGAGAAGCUGGCGAAAGGGAGGGCGGACAGCCAGAAGAGCAGCAUGUGUGGCAGCAGCAGUAGCAGCGGGAGUGUAAACAUGUCCCCGGCCCCUGGGGGCCCUCCGUCUAGCUUUAGCCUUCCUCAGGACCAGCAGUCCAGAACGGUGACUCCUCAUGCUCUCCCAGCCCCCAGCCAUGACCUCUACCCUCACUGUGAGUCUCCAGACUUGAGCUACUACUCAGUAACGCGUGCUUACUCCGGCCUGAGCCUCUCCUCCCGACGCAGCCCGGACUGCCGCUUCCCCAACGACACGGACCUGCGGCUCGGCUCCAUGGGCUCGGCGGGCUCCGAAUGCGGCAGCGAGAGCAGCGCCAGUUGCGGGAGCAGCUGCGACUCGUACGGCGAGAGGCCGUGUCCCGGAUGCCCCCCGGACACGCUACUGGAAGACAGCGUCCAUUUCAAUCCACACAGCCGGCUGUAUCCCCAUCACGCCGCAUCCAACCACGAACUAUGUGGCCUUCAUCCCGCCGACUACACAAACAUCCAACACAGCCACGCGUCUAACACGCACAGCUACCACCUGGCGCCAAGGCAGAGCUGUGCUCACGAUCAGCCUCCACCAGAAGCCCCCCCAAAGCGCCCUCUCUACCCCUUACCCCCUCAUCUGCAGCACCAGCCGCUGGCCGCACGCUCCAGCUGCCCAGGCGACUAUCACUCUCUGCCCCAGUCCAGCCCUCACCCCCCCGGCUCUCCUCUGGGCCGCUGCCUGGCCCCCACGCGAGGAGAGAGCGUGUCGGACUCGCACCUGUACGAACACCUCUCUACGUCGCACCAUCACCACCGGACGAAAGCUUUGCCCAGCUGGGACACGUACUACAGACAGCCUCCGUUACCGCCGUCCAGGUACGAGCCGUCUGCCUAUCAGAGCCUGCCGGACACGCGCCAGUCCUCCUGGCACGCCCCUCCCUGGGCGCAGGACGGCUACGCCCAGCACCACUCCUCCCACCCAGCUCUCCACCCGUCCCCGACACAUUACUUAAACCACCCGCCGCCGUCUGCUCACUCUCCUCACCCGCCUCACCCAUCCAGCACUCCGUACCCGCCACACAGCGCUCACCUGUCAGUGCCCUCCCACGCCGCUCCCUCCUACAUGGCCCAGCACUCAGAUUCCCCCGCACACAGCCGCUACGGGGACAUGAGGGAGAAAGUGUACGUCAACCUGUGCAACAUCUUCCCCUCGGAGCUGGUGAGCCGGGUGAUGGCGAGAAGCCCCCACAUCACAGACCCCCAGCAGCUAGCAGCAGCUAUACUUGCAGAGAAAGCCCAAACAGGCUACUGAAGAAUCUCCCGUUAGAGAACAAUAGCAUUUAUGUAGUCUGGGUAAGAAAAACUGUGUGAGGUUUGCAUCAACAGAGCAAACUGGAAUUUGCCUUUGCAACACUGUGCAGCAUGUUGGGUUUGCAUGGUGGAGUUUUAGAUACUGGAAUGCCUUUGGAUUGUCUGCAGGGAGAGCUUUUUCUUUUCUUAAUGAGACACUGCAUAAGUUUGCUGAAGAUAAUCCAAAUCCAGCUCUGGUCACUUUGCAGCGACAACUAAAUUGUGGGGAGAGCGAUUGUUCCCGACCUGCCCAGUUAGUUCUUUUUAUUUAUUUAGUAGCUUAUUAAAUGUGUCUUUCACAUGCAGGACUAAGCAUCAAAUUCAAUUGGCACUUGGUAUUGCAUAUGUAUAAAAAACGACUGAUAUGAAGCAUUUCCACCAUGUUUUAUCAUCAGAUUCUGAUUUGCAGGGACGACACACAUGUGCAUUCUACACUGUACUUACUCUCAGAGCUCAGAGUCAAACAGUGUUUGAACACACCCUUUCAUGUGUAAAGCGGCAGAUGGAUGGGAUUUUCUACUUUAUACCUAUAAAGAAAAGUGCCACUGAUAAGCAUUUAAUCCACAUCCGGUAAAUCACAUGACGGCAUCAAACUACUAUUUGACCGAGGUCUGUGUAUUAUAUAAAUCUUUUUUGUGUGUGUUGUGCGGCCAUUUGUGGGGCUUUUUCCAUGUUGGUAAGGAAGAUCGUCGUCUUAUUUGAGAUGACGUGAGUAUUUUGGUCAGAGUUGUAGCUGUAGAGAUGGGUGACCCUGUCGUGUGUACCUUAGUUUUAGUAAGGGACAUCUCUCUCUCUCUCUUUCUCUCUCUCUCUAUCUCUCUCUCUCUCUCUCUGGCCCUUUAUUUCGGGUCAACUCUGGUAUCUGCUACAGACAGAACAUCUGGAACAUCAGUAAACCAAACGUGUAUGUAUUGUAAAUAUAUUUAACAGACUCCCCCGCUGUGCUUUUGGCUAACAGCGUCUCCUGUCGUCUGUAGCAGAUCCCAGCUGAAUCCAUGCUAGACAGAGAAAAACCUUGUUUGAUACAAAUUGUAUCAUUACUAAGUCGCUGAUGUUAUAUACAGUACAUGGACUCGUCGAUCCGUAUCUAUCAAACACUCUUGAUGUAUUGCUAUAUGAUGCAUUGACAACAGUUACGUUCCAAUCGAGAUGUUCCGACUUUUAAUCUUGUGGAAAUUGCUUUGAGACAAUUAUUUUCAAAUAUGUCAUGAACAAAAGGAGUCGUCCGCCUACUAUGUUUAGGCGUGACGGCUUCUUUAUGUGCUCUUUUGGGUUUGAAGCUGGCUUAUUUUUCUACAGGAGCUCCGAUGACGUGAGGAAUGGGUUAAAUGGGAAUCGGUUAAAUGCCCAUUUGAAAACAGAAUUCUGAGGUUGGGGUCAGUUCAUUUUGAGCUUUUUUUCAGCCUCUUAACUAAGUCUUAAAGUGGAUAUCCUUUUACUUACAGCUUGACAUAAUAGAGAAUUGAUGUUUUAUCAUAAACCAAUCUAUUGUUUCUGUUAAAUCAUUAAUUGAGUGGACAGACCCCAACCAUGUUUAAUAAGUAAAGUUUUAUAUUAUCCCAUGGCGGCCACUUUGAUCUCUGUUACGCUUGCAAAUGUUUUAAGACGUUUUUUGUUAAAAAGAUGUGAUAUAACCGAGUUUUUUAACAAGUUUCCAAAACAGAGGUUGUUAGUAGGACGUUGAAUAUAUUCUGCCUUCAAAUGGACUUUUGGUGCUUGGCGUUCAAAUGGUUUAAUCAUAAGAACAACAGCAACAUGGAGGAUAAUUUGAUACGGAGAAAACAAAGGCAGAGGGAAUUUCCACUGACGAGGUUGUUGAUGCUAAAAGAGGGCGGAGUUUCAUGUAGAACACAGCAAAAAAUUAGGGGUGUAAAUUGUGGGUUUCAUCAUAAUAUGAUAUUAGAAUGAUUCAUUGGACAACAAGUCAAUAUGUCGAUAUCACAAAGUCCAUCGCGGUACAAUCUGGAAGAUUUAUCGACUUACAAAAACAACAAAAAUAUGAUUGGAACGUUUUAUUUUUAAGCCCUUCCAGAUAUUUAAAUGAAAUCUUUUUUAAAACAAAGAAGAAAAAUAGACAUUCUGUUCACUAUAAAGUGCCACAUUGCAUUGAAGUGCAAAUUUUUUUUGGAUGGGUUAAAUUAAAGAGUUUGAUGAUCUUUUAAUAAUAAUAAUGAACAUUUCCCUAGAUCGGUUCUAUCUGUGUGCUCAGUUUACGUCUCUAAACCCAUAUUCAUUCAUUUUCAACCGCUUAUCCAGGGCCGGGUCGCGGGGGCAGGAGGCUAAGCUAAGUAUUGCAGACAGCCGCAAACAAAAUAACUCUUUUGUGAAAGCAAAACGGGGAGAUUGUCAAAAUAAAAGCAUAUAGUAAAGACAGUGAUAUGCGUCGAUGCAGUUGGAUCUAUUAAUCCAUAUAUGGUAGUAGUAAAAUGAGCCCAUUUGAAGGCAGCAUUAUCUGAUCCAUUACUAGUUUCAUUGAUCAGUGUGACACAAGUUCAAAGUGGCCGCCAAAAGUCCAGAGUGAGCUCUUCUUACAGUUCAUCACAAGCCAGCGACAUUAAGCCCACUGGUUUCUUCUCUGUCCAACGCGUCACAUUGUACAAAUAAUGACUUAUUGUACAAUAACACGUGCUGUGAUGAGAGAGAACCUUUGUGUGUAUUGAAGAAGCGCCUUCUCUCCGGCCUCCUGGCACUGUGUGUCAGUGUGGCACCUGAGCGUGGGCCCAAAGUAAUGCCUCUUCAUGGCAUUGUGCUUAUGACACAUCCAAUACUCUGAACUAUGUUCAGCUAACUGUUAUGCAUGUUUUGAUUUGUUUUGGUUUCUGCGUGUGUUUAAUUUGUGUACAUAGCCGUGUUUCUGUCCUGGAAGCUUCGUCUUUGCCGUUACUGUGACAUGAUUGUAGCUGUCGAGAUGCCUCUAGGCCUACUUAUACAUAAACUGGCUUGUUUUUU